AGAGAUUUAAAUAAAUUAUCAAAAGUCUCAUGGGUAUAGGAUUCACGUAAUGUGAGAGGUUGAAUAAUUUAUUUAACGUCCAUGACAUUUUCCCGCGUGAAAUUUGGAGAGAGGGUCCAAGAGCAAGGCGAUACCGGUUGAAAUGAUGAUAGCAUGCACAUGGGGUUAUUAUGGGGACUAUAACAGCAAUCUGUUACACGUGACCUUACCGUACCCCUUCCUUGCCUUGCUUCAUCAAAACAUACAACAUAAAAUCAUCACCCCAAUUCCAGCCAUUAAUGCCGUAGACCUUUCUAGACUUUAGUCUUCUUCUUCUUCUUCUUCAAUGGCCACUCAAACCGACAACAAGAACAAUCCUGUUCUCCCUCCUCCGUUAAGGUACCUAAUUGUUCGCCCCCAAAAUGGCGGAAUUCGAGACCUGUUCCGAUUCCUUGUCUCCGCCGACCAAGCCAACGCCGCUAAAUUCAUCCAGACCUCCGACGAGGUGGCGGCGGAGUUGUAUGUUGGCGGCGGUCUGGCGGCUGAUCACCGGUGGGUCAUAUUUGUGUCGAUUGUAGUUCGGAAACUCAUAGCCAUGUUUGGUAAGCCUAUGGAGUGGAUUGGAUGCUUGAUCGACUUCUUUCUUAAUCUCCUCUCUCAUAAUGGUGGACUCCUCGGUUUACUCUUCAACCUCCUCUGUGGAAAGGUGGUGAUGCCACAGAGAGGCUCGGAGACUUUUAUAAGCACAAUUGGGCAUUUAGACGGGCGAACAGAUCUAUACAAGAGCAACUCUUUAGUGGACAGAACAGGUGAACCUGCUUCUGGAGUGAAGGACUUACAAUUAGAAAUUGGAAACCGAGCUCUCACGGACCUCUGUAUGAUGGCCUCCAAGUUGGCCUAUGAAAAUGCCAAAGUUGUUAGAAAUGUCAUAAACCUACACUGGAAGAUGCAUUUUGUGGAUUUCUACGACUGCUGGAAUGAUUACCAAAAGGAGAGAUCUACCCAAGUUUUCAUAAUGUGUGACAAGCCAAAAGAUGCAAACUUGAUAUUGAUCAGUUUCAGGGGUACAGAGCCAUUCGAUGCUGAUGAUUGGAGUACUGACUUUGACUAUUCUUGGUAUGAGAUACCAGAGUUGGGAAAGGUUCACAUGGGUUUUUUAGAAGCCAUAGGUUUGGGCAACAGAGCUAAAAUCUCCACCUUUCAAAAUCUUCUUCAACUGAAAGACACAAAUUUCAGCUCUUCAAAAGGUUCUGAAUCUACUGAAUCCGAUGCAGAGAAAAGUGGAUCGGAUCAAUCUUCUGAUACUGGCGAGAAGGUGCUCAUUCCAGAAAUGGUGGAGAUGACAGCAUACUUUUCUGUGAGAAGUAAACUCAAGAGCUUACUUGAAGAACACAAGAAUGCGAAAUUCGUAGUCACUGGACAUAGCUUGGGAGGGGCACUUGCUAUAUUGUUCCCAACCAUUUUGGUGAUGCAUGAGGAGAGGGAACUAGUGGAUAAGUUGUUGGGCUUGUACACGUAUGGACAACCACGGGUUGGUAACAUGCAGUUGGGAAAGUUCAUGGAAGCCCAUUUGGAUUCUCCAGUCCCCAAGUACUUCAGGGUAGUCUACUGCAAUGACCUUGUGCCAAGGUUGCCUUAUGAUGACAAAACCUUCCUGUAUAAGCAUUUUGGGGUGUGCCUCUAUUAUAACAGCCUCUACAUUGAACAAAAAGUUGAAGAGGAGCCAAACAGAAAUUUCUUUGGGAUCCGGUACAUGAUUCCAGAGUAUCUAAAUGCUGUUUGGGAGUUAAUUAGAAGCUUGAUUAUGGGUUAUACACAUGGACCAGAGUACAAGGAAAGUUGGUUAUCUGUAUUGCUGAGGAUAGUAGGAUUGGCAAUGCCCGGUAUUUCAGCACACAGCCCCACAAAUUACAUCAACUCUAUAAGGCUCGGAAGGAACAGCGCCAUCCCGAUGUCCUCUCUAUGAAAGGCUCAUCCUCCAAUAAUGUAGCUCUCAAUGCUGUUGUGGGACUCAGAUUUGCAAUAGCAUUUUAGUUCUGUUUUUUGGGUAGUUUUGAUCUGAAUAAAGUUUUGUUGUUUCCAUGUUUUGAGUGUAAAUUGUAGUGUGUGCCUCGGAAAUGGACUCCUGCUACAAACAAUUGUUUGAUUGUGUUGUUUUCUUUUGGGGGCAUUUGUCCUAAUAAAAUUUUUGUUGUUUCCAAAUUUGAAUGCAAAUUCAGAGUUGUAGUUGAAAA